GCGACCCCCUAACAUAUAUUCUAUCGAUCAUUUCACAUUGAAUUGAAAUCUUUUUACUCUUAAUUUUUUUUGGGUCUUCUCUAAUCAUCAUCUCCAUACCUUAACCUUCAAAUCAGGUCUGAGCAUUCAAGUUUGAAGAAUUGUGUGUGCUCGUAUUACCCUUUCGUUUCAGCCAAGUUUCAUGUCUGAUCUUGAUCUCCAAGUUCCUAAUGCUUUUGAUCCCUUUGCUGAGGCAAAUGCUGAGAACUCUGGUGCGGGGACAAAAGAUUAUGUACACAUCCGUAUACAGCAAAGGAAUGGUAGGAAAAGCUUGACAACCGUGCAAGGUUUGAAGAAAGAAUUCAGCUAUAAUAAAAUUCUUAAGGAUCUCAAAAAAGAGUUUUGCUGCAACGGUACUGUUGUUCAGGAUUCAGAAUUGGGACAGGUUAUUCAACUUCAGGGUGAUCAACGGAAGAAUGUUUCAACAUUUCUUGUCCAGGCUGGGGUUGUGAAGAAAGAACACAUCAAAAUUCAUGGUUUCUGAUUGCCAUCAAUCAUCAAUCAUUGUGCAGUUACACUAUUUGUUUCUGUUCCAAAUAAUGCUCUGCUAUGAACUUUGAGAGUUGUUGUAAACUAUAAACUUGUUAAUGUUGUUCUUCUGCUUGUUUGAUAUAAGUAAUGCAUUUGUUCUUGUUUUUCCGCGUAA